ACUCGGCCACCGCCCCUCUCCGGGGCGUCCCAGGGCGCGGCCACGAGUCCGGCUCCCAUUCCCCAUAUCGCCUCGACCCCCCGGCCCCUAUAAUACAGGGCGCCAGACGGGCGCAGCAGGGGCCCGGCACGCCCGCAACAAGGACGAGGGCGAGUUCGCCUCACCACGCGCGCGCGCGCCCGCCCGCGUGGCGUGCAUGGCCGCGACCGCGUGCGCCUACGGGUACCAGCAGCAGGGGACCCGGCCAACGCCGCCGCCGCCGCUGGCGCUGGCCGCGCCGGCGAGGUCCUCAUCGCAGGUACCCGACCCGUUCCUCAUCGGCUUCGAUGAUGAUGAUGCACCAACACCGCCGCCGCCGCCGCUGCCGGGCAAAAAGACGCCUCCGCCCUUCCCGUCGCGCCACCUCGGGAUCUGCACCGAGGGCCUCGGCUCCGAGAGCUCCGGCGACAUCGACCUCAGCGAUCUCCCCGACGAUGUCAGCAACGGCUACGGCGAUGCCGAAGUCGGGCAGGCCCAGGUGGUGCCGUGCAAGCGGCAGCACCGCGACGGCGGUGGCGAGGGGGCGGGGAGGAGGGCGAGGGGCGGGAGGCCGGCGCCGUUCCCGCCCCCGAUCUCGGUGAUCGGGGCCGGCGGCAAGCCGUGGCUCUACCUCCGGCCUCACCGGGAGGACGGCCGCCUCGUGCUGCGGGAGGUCAGGAUACCGACCCGGGAGCUGCUCCAGGCGCGCCGGGAGGGCGGCCGGUUCACGCUCCAGUUCGCGCAGCACCAGCCGGAGGAGGAAGAACCGGAAGAUGCGCAUCAUCAUCACCAUCAAUGCCAAGACCAUGAACCAGCAGAUGAGAAAAGGCAGGAAGGGGACGAAUAGAAGAGGGUUUUAGAUUAUUGCUCCGAGGUUUAAUCAGCACUCGUCAACAAGUUCCACACGCCUAGUGCUGUGGGUUUUUUUUUUCACUUCCAGAGAGAUGUAAAUAUAGCGGAAUUUAUGUUCAGUUGUGAGUCAAAUCAUCCAAUCCAUUGCUACGGCUUGGCAAUA